UUUAAAAACAAUUUUUAUGUUCCUGUGGCGUUUUGUUUUUUAAGUAACAAACAUACUGAUACUUACAUCAAUAUGUGGAAAACAUUACAAAAUAUAUGUAUUCAAAUUACUGGUAAUAUAAUAAAUUUAAGCAAUUUUCAUGUCGACUUUGAAAAAUCUGCGCAUAAUGCAGUAUUGCAAAUUUUCCCUUACUGCAAAAUCACGUGUUGUAACUUUCAUUUAGGGCAAAAUUGGUUUAGACAUACUCAACAACAUAAAUUAUUAUCGAGCGAGUACUUAAACAACGGCUCAGAAGUUGGCAAAUGGAUGAAAUGUUUUUUUGGAUUAAGUUAUUUACCUCCUGACGAAGUUUCUGAUGGAUUUUGUGAUCUUAUGUCGAUAGCACCAAGUACUACGUCUAGUAAUAUUUCUAUAUUUUCCGAUUAUAUUUUAGAAAAUUACAUUGCAUCGGACAGCAAUUUUCCUCCAACAUUAUGGGCUUGUAAACCUACUAAUAAUCCUAAGACUACUAAUGGUGCAGAGAGUUAUCACAAACAAUAUAACAGUCAAUUUUACUAUGCUCAUCCGCACAUACAUCAAGUAAUCGACGUCAUUAUUGAAAUUCAAAUUUUAAUAAUUGGUGGUCUGAGGUGA